UUUUCUCAGCAACCAAAAGGAAAAUUGAAUACAGUGGGCAACCGAACAAAGAAAAAGCUCUGUCAAAGGGUACUGAAGCCUGACGCGCCACAGAACAAAAGAAAGGCAUACAAAGCGCCAUUAUCAGGAAGUCCCAUCAACGCGUGUGUACACGCUGCUCUUCAAUAAAAAAUAUACUCCAAAGAAUAUAAGAAAAGUCAAGCAAAAGCAAAGAGAAAGAUACCCACUAUGCCAUUUCUUCUUCUUUUUUCUUCUUCUUCUACUUAUCAACUUCCUUUCUCUGAAACUUCUCUUUAUCCUGAGUUGACAGGCGACGAAAGAGAAGAAGGGUAUUUGAAGAAGCAAUCAAUAAAUCUUUUUCUUUCUCUUUGGUUGUGGAGAGAGGGUAUAGACAAUAGAGAGUCUGCGAACCAUGAACGGGAAGGCCAACGUUUCUAAAGAACUUAAUGCUAAGCACAGAAAGAUCUUGGAAGGUCUCCUUAAAUUACCAGAAAAUAGGGAAUGUGCAGAUUGCAAAAGCAAGUAUGUAUCUGAACAAUAUAUAAAAACAGUGCAAGCAUUCAUAUAAUAAACAAUGAGGAAGAGUGAUCUUAAUGACUGUUUUAAGCUUUUCAUUUAUACAUUGAGGGUUGGUCUUGAGACUAACGCACAAUAUUAGGAACGUAAGCACGUACUCACAAUCGCAAUAAUAGAGAAAGAGAUAUAAGAAAUUUAACGUGGUUUGACCAUGAAGUCUACGUCCACGAGCAAGGCAUAGAUAAAAUUAUGCUAUGAUGAGAAAAAGAGUGAUACAAUUUCUCAGAACUCUCAAAACCCUAACCCCAAUGUGUUUUCUGAAAUCUCACAUAAUACAGGAUAAGAAAAAUAUACAAGUAUUUAUAACCCUCCAUCCCAACAUUGAUUCAUACUUUUUAUCCAAUUUGGGUCAGAACCUUUCAGAUCGAAUCACAAUUCGGCUCAUAAGAAAAUAUACCCAAAAUUCAAGCCACAUUGGUUUGUUGGUAGUAUCCAUAUACUAGUGGUUUGAAAAUUUGUAAGUUGUGUUGCUAUCUUGCUUGCUAUGCAGAGGUCCACGAUGGGCUAGUGUGAAUCUAGGAAUCUUCAUUUGCAUGCAAUGUUCAGGGAUACAUAGAAGUCUUGGAGUGCACAUAUCAAAGCUUCUAUUUGAUUAUAAUGCAGGUAAGAUCUGCCACUUUAGACACAUGGCUUCCAGAGCAAAUUGCAUUUAUCCAGUCUAUGGGAAAUGAGAAAUCAAAUUGCUACUGGGAAGCUGAGUUGCCCCCUAACUAUAACAGAGUUGGAAUUGAGAAUUUCAUUCGUGCAAAGUAUGAAGAGAAGAAAUGGAUUCCUAGGGAUAGUAAAGCAAAAUCACCUCCACAGUUGAGUGGGGAGAAGGUUUCAAUUUUUAGAGCAGGACCAGAGAAUACUGUGCAUAAGCAAAUGAAGAAUAAUAACCAUGCUGCCGAGGAGAGGAAAAUUACUCCACCUAAUACAAACGAUAAAAGACCAGCUUCUAAGAGUUGCACUCCAGCUCCAGCAUCUGUUAAUGCGCCCCAACAGGUUGCACUUGAUAUAAAACCACAACCUGGUCAGAAUUCAGAACAAGCAACCGUCACAAAAGCUCAAUUGGUGAAGGAGGAAGAGAAAAAAACACCAGUUUCAACUCCAGCAAAAGUGGAUUAUGCAACUGAACUUUUUAACUUGCUUUGCAUGGAUGAUUCUGGUGGAAACUGCUCCAAGCCUUCCACUGAUGGUUUCAAAUCUGUCAAGGAAGAAUCAACAUCAAGAAGAAGUGAUUUGUCAAAUAUAUCUGAAAACAAGCAGCAGUUUGCAUCAUCUAUAGAACAGCCUCAAAAAUAUGCAAAUAAUGAUAUCAUGAAUCUCUUUCAGUCCGGUGUGGUUUCUCCUCUUCCUGCCCACCAACAACAGCUUUCUACAUUGUCCCAACAAAAUCAAGCCCUCAUGGCAGCUGCUGUGCAGUCUGGUGGUCUCUCCCAUACUUUUCCUGUCAAUGUGCAUAAAUUCAGUGCCAAUGGUAUUCAUUUAUCCACUCAGAAUUGGGGAAGCACUGGACAUCAAGUUCCUGGAAUGAUGAUGCCAUUGCCAUCCAAUAAUUUACCCAAGUAUAUUCAGAUUGGAAGCAACCAGCAAAUGUAUACAGCAGGGAACUCUGUUAAUAUUCCAGUAUCAAGCAUGUAUAGUUCUGGACCAGUAGCUCCCAUCAAUGGUGCAACAAAUAUCAGAUCAACUAUGGCUGCUCCAGCAUUCCAAGUCCCAGCCAUGCCAACUCAACCUCAAGGAUACUAUGAUUUCUCCUCAUUAACACAAGGGAUGUUCAGAAAACGGUGAAAACUUGGCUUACUCCAUUAUAGAGAUUUAGUUAAAUCACAAGAAAUUUGGCUUCAUAUUGCUUGCUGUAGUUGAGGUUUACUGCCUUGGUUUCAUUCAUUUGUAUUGAACCAUUGUUGAUGUAAUAAAGUUGGUUCCACAUUAAUUUUUA